CCACCUAGACUACAAAGCCGGAAUACUGGUGUGAGAAUGAAGCUAUGAGUCAUCACACUUAGGCUUAGCACUGAACGAAGCUGCAGGUGUGAAUUCGUCGAUGUGUGUGGCAUAACCGUUGCGCUUGCACGUGUUUUAAAAUCCUCGUCAAUUAUUCUUAUAGUAGUAUUAUGUUUUAAGGCACUUAUUUUAUUUCACUAUGGUGUUUAAAUGUUGUGUACCCCUAUGUAAAGGAAACUAUAAUGGUGGACCUCGUGUCCACGUAUUUUCCUUCCCAAGAGAUCCUGAAUUGAAGAAGAAAUGGAUUUAUUCAAUAAAACGAGACAAUUUCGAGCCAACUAAAAAUUCUAAGGUGUGUGAACUUCAUUUUAGCCCUUGUGAUAUUGAAAAGGAGACGUAUAUGCAUCUUGAAGAAACUGGUGAAACAUUAUCAGCUCCAUUAAAAAUUCCGAGACUAAGGAAAGAUGCAGUUCCAACAAAACUUCCUGGUGCCCCAUCAUAUUUAUCCACUGAUGUAUCCAUAAGAGAAAGUGUUAAAGAACGACAAACAAUCCGUGAAAACCGACAACUACAAAUGGCUAUCUCCAAAAGCAUUAUGUCAAAAAAAUCUGAGGAUUCAAAAUCAGUGUUUACAACAUUCAGUGAAUUACAACAAUUUUACUCAAAAAUUUACUGUUGUCAUGAAAUCAAAUACAAUUGUUAUUGGAAUUUUUGAAAUAAGUCCUUCUCCAGUAUUUAAAUACUGUAUUUCUAUCAAUAAUAGUAUGCAGUUAUCAGCGUUUCACCAAUCUGCAGAACUAAAAGUGUUAAAUGAUAGUAAGUUACCCAUGCAUGUUAAAAGUAUUCAUGAAAUUGAUAAUAUUUUAAAUGCACUUGAACUUCUAGAAGCAGGAGCUCCAAAAAGUAUUGUAAAUAUAAUUAAUUUUAUUAAUAUAUUUAUAGAUAAACUGGAUGCCAUUGUUUCAGAUGAUAAAAA